ACAAUAUAAAACUUGGUUAAAGUUUAACCAGAACUCAGCCUUUCAUUCAACUUUUACUCAUCUAAUUCAACAAUGGCUGAUGAAGAAGAAGAAGAAUUAAUCUCUUCCCUUCCGAAAGCAUCUGGGCUGUUGUCACUUACAGAAUUAUGCUUAUAUCAAAACUUUUGGUGCUCAACCAAAUUUAUUCCCAAUAUAAUUUCAUUCCAAAAGCACUUCCAAGCUCAAGACCAAGAUAUUAUAGUCGCCUCCGUUCCAAAAUGCGGCACCACCUGGUUAAAAGCUCUCACCUUCUCCAUUGUUAACCGUACUCGUUAUGACUCCUCAACCACCCCUUUGCUUUCGUCAAACCCUCACCAUCUCGUACCCAUUCUAGAAUAUGAGGUCUUUGCUAAAAAGAAUGGUGUUCCUGAUCUCACUACACUUCCUUCUCCUCGGCUUUUUUCCACUCACAUGCCUUACUCAGCUUUGCCGGAGUCUAUAAAACACUCUGGUGCUCGUGUUGUUUACAUCUGCCGCAACCCUUUUGACGCUGCGGUCUCUCUUUGUCAUCAUCUUGCUGAAAUCAAGUCGAGCGAGGCUCAGAAUUCCAUUGAGGAGUCGUUUGAGAUGUAUUUUAAAGGAGUUGCUCCGUUUGGACCCUUCUGGGACCAUGUGCUAGGGUACUGGAAGGAAAGCUUGGAGAAGAAGAAAAAGGUGUUGUUUUUGAAGUAUGAGGAUUUGAAGGAUGACAUUGCUGGUGAGUUGAAGAGAAUUGCGGAGUUUGUUGGAUGCCCUUUUUCGGAGGAAGAGGAGAGACGAGGGGUCGUUCAGGAAAUAGCGAAGCUGUGUAGUUUGACAAGUUUGAAGGAACUUGAGGUGAAUAAAAGUGGCAGCUACUUGGAGGUUUAUCCUCACACGGCCUUCUUCAGGAAAGGUCAGGUAGGGGGUUGGGCGGAUUAUUUGAGUGAUCCGUCGUUGAAGCAGCGUUUAGAGAAUGUGAUGCAGGAAAAAUUAAGCGGAUCUGGUUUGUCUUUCAAGCUGUCUUGAUACGAUAUGAAUAAAUCUUAUGUAUUUCUCCAAUGUCUAUGUAAGUUUUUGAAUUCAGAAUAAUUCUGUAACUGUUUGUGUUCAGAAUGAAGAGUUGAUAAAUUACAAGACUGAACAAUAAAAGAUUGAGGAAACUGUUGAAUUUUA